AUGUGCGGCUGCAUGUGUUUUUCUGCAUGUGUUUAUGAGGUUUUUCAUGAAGAAUAUUUGCGUAAACCUACUCAACGUGAUAUUGAGAGAUUAUAUUCGGCUCAUGAAGAGAGGCAUGGAUUUCCUGGUAUGCUUGGCAGUCUAGAUUGUACGCAUGUGGCUUGGGAAAAAUGUCCAACUGCAUGGCGUGGUCAGUUCACUCGAGGAAAUAUAGGUGAACCAACUAUCAUCUUAGAAGCUGUUGCAUCUCAAGAUUUGUGGAUAUGGCAUGCCUUUUUUGGAGUAGCGGGGUCUAACAACGACCUUAAUGUUCUUGGUCAGUCUCCACUUUUCAACGAUAUUUGGACCGGCAAAGCACCUGAUAUGACGUUCACGGUAAACGGGCACGCGUACAAAUAUGGUUACUACCUUGGUGAUGGGAUAUACCCGGAUUAUUCUACAUUGAUGAAGGCAUACUCAGUUCCUCGAAGUGAAAAAGCAAAAUUUUUUACAAAAAAACAGGAAUCAGCGAGAAAGGAUAUCGAGAGGGCAUUUGGAGUCCUUAAGCAAACAUGGCAUGUAGUAAAUAUGCUACACGACUCUGGGAUAAAGAUAGAAUUAAGCGAAUGGUCCUAG